AUGCUGCUUUCGAGCUACGGGAAUAUGCUGAUGACCGCCGCUGCCGAUGAUUCGGAAUAUGAUUCAGAUGACUACCUGCCCUUAGGUAGAUUAGUCUCGAAAUUUCUUGCGCCUUCCUGGACUGGACUAAAAAAGCAUAUGAUAAAACAGCCGCAAUGUUGGUCUUUUUCUAACUCUUCGGCCGACAUAAAUCAUCACGCAGAAGUAAAAAUUAUUUGCUAUAUAAAUAAAAGGAUAACAAUAAAGCUUGCCUUAGCCACAAUAUAUUAA